AAUAGAUCAGCUGAAUUCUGGAGUUGGGUUAGUAUUUGGCGCCACAUAGUGCACAUAUCAUACGACAGGUAUAUAGUUACCCAUACAUAAUGGAAAAUAUUGAGUUUUAGUUGAAGAUGUGUUUGAGUGCGAAGAAGAUGUCGUGUUAGAGGGAAGUGAAUUAUAUCAAGCCUUGACGAGCAUGGGUUAUACAAAUUUUGAUUACAUGCCAAGAGUUGAUGAAAUUAAUGCUACUCCAGAAUCAGAAGUACUUCCUAUAAAUGCUUACUGUUCUUUAAAAGAGACUGCUAUUGAGAAGGCAAACUUAUUUUGCCAUUAUGUUUUACAGGAAAAUAAACUAAGUCUCAGACAAUUGGAAAUUAUUUUGAAAACAGAAAUUUUACUUGAUGAUCACGCUGCUAUGAUAAAUGAAAUUUACAAUAGAGAAAAUACUUCUAUUAAGCAUAAAAUUCUCGAAUGGUCUCCUCUUAUUAGUUCAAUGCUAAUAUCAUUUUGUAACCUGGUAACAAAAAAGAAAAUUACAGGACUUGCAGUUUCGGCUUCUACAGUAUUUGGAUAUUUGAUGUAUGAAAAAUGCAAGCAUUGGAAUAUGAGAAGAAAUCUAUGUAAUCUUGUACAGUUACAAAAUGAACUACACAAUUUUAUUACACAGUGCCUUAAAACUUUGAGACGUACCCACACAAAAAAGCUAUUAAUCUUAGAUCAGUAUGAAAAACAAGAAUUGAUAGGGAAUGAAAAAUGGAAUAUUAUUGUUAUAAUGAGAAAACUGCUUAUAGAUAUUUUUGAAAAUUUAUCUUACAUUUAUUAUCAAAAAGCUAGUGAAAUAUUAGAUCUGUUACCAAAAUGCAUGCGACUGAACUGUAUUUUAACUAAGCUUGAAUUUGAAACUAUCUGUACCAAUAAUGAUGAGUCUUACAAUAUUUUAAGGAGAUUUUACUACACUUUUAUUUUGGUACAGUCAGAAACAAUGUUCAUCAUAGCAAGUGCUUAUAGUAGUCAAAUGGAAAAAGGAUUUUUUCGUAUUCCAAAACAAAAAUUAGCACACACAGUUCAACAUUUAAUAAGAUAUUUAAGUGGCUAUCAUUUAAAACUAUUAGAAAUUAUAAAUGCAUAUCAAGUUUGUGAAAUUCAGCCUAUUCAAAGGAUUUUCAAAGGUAUAUCAAACUCAAAAUGGCAAGAUACUUAUAUCCACUUAAAUUUGACAUCUCAAAAGAUUCAAUUGGCUUUUAGGGAAAUCAUGUCUACUUUGGAAACUAUCGACAAGUUUUCAGAAAAAAAUGAGAAUGACUUUGAUUUAGCAGAGAUUAUUACAGAAAAAAUGAAUGAAGCAUACAAACAGAUUGAAAAUGCUAGAAGCUUUGCAGAAUUUACCAGUCUUCUUAUAGCAAAAGCUCAACAUAAACCUAAAAAAAAUCUAGAUGAAGAUCUAGGCAAAGAAGAUUUGUUCCCUGUCAGCAAUGAAAAUAAAAGAGUAAUCAAUCUUGAUGAUGAACCAGAAAUAGAGGAUGAAGUUUUUGAAGAAUACAUUAAAGAGGAAUAUUUGAAGCCUUUGUAUGAAAACAAAGAGACAAGUAUCAUUCAAGAUUUUAAAAUUGAUAAGUUGUUGAAAAAAAAUUUCAUGAGUGAGCUCAAAGAAGCUCUUAUUGAAAAACAAAGAUCAAUGAGUGAGAGGGAACUCAAAGCAUUGAAAAGAAUGUACAACAAAAUCCGUAAAGACUCAAAUAUUGUCAAGACUGAUACAGAAAAACUAAUAGAAGAUACAAAGUUCAACAAUGUCUCAUCAGUUGCUAUUCUAAAACCUUCAUAUCCAAAUCAAGCGUUGCCUCCACCACAGCCAUCUCAACGUCGUCAACUUUCAGCACUGCCACCACCACCACCAAUACCAUCACAAUUACCUAUUCAACAUCAACUUCUACCAUCACCACCACCACCAUCACCACCACCACUACCACCACCAAUACCGUCACAAUUGCCUACUCAACGUCAACUUCCACCACCAACUUCUCUACAACCGUAUCAGCAUCAGUCUACACCACCACCUCCACCACCUCCACCACCUUCGCCACCUCUGCCACCUCCGCCAAUUUCAAAUAAUACAAUCAUCACCGAAACUGUCGAUACAGAAUCAAAGACUCCAGUUCCACUUCCAAGAUUCAAAAUGUUGACGGCCGAAAAUCAAUUUUUUGAUGUUGAAAGAUUUUCUAUCAACGAUUGCACCCAGAAUAUGGUAAAAUUUCAUCCUCUCAGAGUCGCAGAAGAGACGUUUAUAGGCAGCGGAGAGAAUUCGGACGAGGAGUAUGUUUCUAAGAAAGACAGCAGCGAUAGUGAUCAUGAUAUUGCUGAAAUGCAAUAAAUGAAUUAUCUAAAUAUUUUGUCAAACUAUAAAUAUAUACAUGAAGAUAUUGUACAUAUUUUCAGAGUAAGAAGCAAUUGUAAAUAUAUAUUGUAAAUAUUCACG